AUGGACACAAGCGACGACAAUGCCGUCGCCGGCGAUAGCGGCGUCGGCGCCGCAGAGACCGCAGACGAGAACGCGUCUACCACUGCCGGAGCAGCAGUAGCGCCCCCCGGGAACAAUGACAACACGCAGAACGGCGCAGAAACUGGCAAUCGCCGUCGCUCUACCAGGGUUGUUAAAAAGCCGAUUUUACCCUACUCUUCGCAGCCAGCUCCACCGAAACCUUCACGAGCGAAACGGAAACGGCCUGUGGAGGAAGAGGAGGAGCAGGAGGGGGAACAGGAAGAUGGGGGUGAAAAAGGAAGUGGGGGUGAAAAGGAGGAAGCCGGAGGUGGGAGCGAUAAUGGUGAGGAUGACGACGAUGAUGAUGACGAUGAUGAUGAUGAUGGAGAGGAAGAGGACAGCGAGGCAGAGACUACUGAGGAAUCUUCCGAGGAAGAUGAGGAUGAGGGCGAACCUGAUGAAGAGGAGAAAAAAGAUCGGAGGAGAAGGAACACUGUGGCUAGAGGCGUUGGAGGGCGGGGAGAUAGUGGCGGUGGGGGUAAAGGUCGUGCUACUAGUCCUCCCGUCAAGCGGCCGCCUACCAAGAAGCCGCGAACAUCAAUUACCACCGAUACCGCUCCCCCCGCUAGGGGAACAACUACCGAGCAGACUAAGCGGACAAAGGGCAAGGCCGUUGCAAAGCCACUGCCAAGGGCCGCCAAUGGAGAUGACGAUAAUGAGGAAGAGGAACCUGAAUCCGCGCAUAACGAUCUCUAUGGUAGGACUAUUUUCUUUCCCUUUCCCGAAGGCCUGACUUCGUUGACGCGUUGGAGGUUGUGGGGUGAUGCUUACUGUAGCGCAGAAUCGGUGUUUGAAGGGGACGAUGACGAUGAUGUCGCGCAGGCGUGGACAAUCAAGUAUGAGGAGAACAGUCGAGAGGCUAUGAAGGAAUUGGUCAAUUUUAUUCUUAAAGCAUGCCAUCCCACUGCCUCCAGUUAG